AUGGCUGAUAACAACGAUGAGUUCAAUCAAAUUAAUUUUGGAGUACACAAUAUAAAUAUUGUUUAUAAACUAGAACGCCUGAAAAGGAACUUAAUUUUGAUAGAGAGAUUGAAAGUUAAUCUUCAAAACUUGCAAAACAGAUUAAAGAUCAGAUUAUCAUUUCUGAUUUUAGUUAUAAUUUCAAUGACUUACUCUGGAUUAUAUUUUUUAAUGCAUUAAACAAACUAGGAGGUUUAUUAAUAAUUUUUGAACAAUCUAAAUCAAGAUAUUAUUGUUGAUUUAAAAAUUGAAUGGAAUGAAUAAACUUGUAACUCUCCAUAUGAGCCACUAUUUGAAUAUAAAUAUAGAAGAGUAAUCAAAGGUUGUGAUUGCAGUUAAAUUAAAAAUAUCACUUAGGAACAAAAUCAUAAGCCAGAAAUCUUUAUUGAUAAGGAAUGUACUUAAUCAAAUUUGAAACAAUCAUGCUUUACGUUUUCUUAAGAACUAUAUUCAGAUUUAAUUUAUUUAAACGACAAUAAUUAUGGAGCUCGUAUAUAUAUUCAUAUAUAAAUAGCGUUUCUAAUUUGUGCAAAAAGAGAAAAGAAUGUUUCUUUGAAGAACAAUUUUACAUAUUGUAAGGAAUAAGAAAAGAAGAUUUGCGGCAAUAAGGUUAAAUAUUGUUUGCCUCAAAACCUAAGUUGUCCUAUUUCAGACUUUGGAAUAGCAAAUAAGGAAACAUUAAAUAUGUCUCUAAACUAUUCACUAAUAAAUCUUGGAAAUAAAUAAGUUUUUUUUUUCGGUUACGAUUCAGAUAGAUUACCCAUUUCUUAAGCAUAUCUUAUAAAAGGAGAGAAGAUGUGUAAGUUAAAUAGCCAAAAAGCCUUUACUGAAAAAUAAAUUUUAUCAGAAAAUUAGCAAGAAGUUUGUAAAGAAUUUGAUAAUUUAUUCCAAAUUUAAUAUGCUUUAUCUGAGGAACAGCUAUUUUUAUCAAACAAUUUACUUUAAUUUAAAAAUGAAUUAAGUCAUUUUUACAUUGAUAAAAAUCAUAGUUGGACUUUGCAAGCGAAACCUUUUACAGAAAUAGAACUAAAUUGCUUAGAAAAUGAAUACUUUGAAAACAUGUUAAAUAAUAAAUAUGAAGAAAAACUUAUUAUAAUAAAAUCAAUUCAAAUAAUUGUGGUGUUGAUUUUACACGUUGGCUCAAGAUUGGCUGAGUAGUACAUAAUAGAAAAUUUCUUAAAAUAGACAAAUUAUGGAAGUUAAUAGACAGUUUUGGGUAAUUUAUAAAUUGAAGAAUUCUGUAUUGAUUAAAAGGGAUAAUUGAAUCAAAGCUAGUAGUAAUUACAGGUAGUGGAACGAUAGAACAAUUCUUAAAAUAAUUCACUUAGAAUAAUAUAAAUAACCCGCAUCCUCCACUCAACUACUUUAAUUAUAGUAAUCCAAAUAAUUUAAGAUCAAAUUAAUAAAAUUAUUGAAGAAAUUUAAAUAAUUAUAAAUAUUCCUUGCAUAAUAAAUGAUGAUGCAAACAACUACUUAAAAUAUUUUACAUAGGAUCAUCCAAUUUCUUCGUUUUUGAAUUUCUUAAAAUUUUUCAUAAUUAUACUAUACGGUAUUUUACUUAUAAAUCCCUUUAUCUAGCUAUGUGGAAUAUAAAUAAAAAGAAUUAUUGCUAAUAAAGAGUGA